AAGUGCCCAGACUAAAGAGAUUGAAGGAGUGAGCUACCACACCUGGCCUGCGCCUCAUUUGCACACUCCCCAACCCUAUGAACUCGCUAGCACUCUUCUAGUCGAGUAUUACAUGUUGUUUUGCUAUGUUUACUCAUCUCUGGGCUCUAUAGCUACUUUCCGAGAAGCUUUUAAGCCCAGACACACUCUUAAUCCCAAAAGCGGGCAGAUCUGAGUUCGAGGCCAGCCUUGUCUACAUAUCCUGGACACCCAGGGCGGUUGCACAGAAACCCUAGCGGUGGGGAGGAGGGAGUAGAGAAAGUAGAGAAAGACCUUGCCUCCCCAGCCACACCCGGGAGGGGUCUGAAGUGGGCCACCAGCGGCAGCAUUUGCCAGUUGGGGUUUAAAGGACUAGAAUGUUUGCACACGGAAGUGAAAAGCGAACGCAUUUCCCUUGGAGAUUGAACGCUAGGCCUCAACACCAGCGCUGUCCCGAACAACAUUUUGGUAGUCUUGGCAACUCGGAAAAACACGAGUUGUUGCUAACCCCGUGGUAGUUACAGGUUGGUUAAAAAGCUGAUGUGAGUGGAGCUGCAAACCACGGGAAACUAGUAAACAACCAUAGGCGGAGGCCGGAAUACGCCCAAGAAGCUGCUGCCAGAUGGCGAUGACGUGCUUCCGGGGGUGCGGCUUGCAGCGCGUUCGUUUCCGCCGCGCCUGCGCCCUGGGGUCCGGUGCGCUCCUAGGUUUGAGACUGGGCUUGCACCCGAGGCGUGCUGUGCCCGACUCCGAAAGACAUGCGCUCGGGUGGCGCGGCCCGGGCCUGCCGCCGCGCCUGCAGGUGCUGGCUCUCUGGGUGUGCGGGCCCCACCGAGGGGCCGCAGCAGCCGGCCGCUCCCGAGCGUGCCGACGACCGGGAGGCGCUGAUAGACCUCUGCCGAAGAAGGCACUUCCUCAGCGGGACGCCGCAGCAGCUCAGCCCCGCCGCCCUCCUGAGCGGCUGCCACCCGGGCUUCGGGCCUCUGGGGGUAGAGUUGCGGAAGAACCUAGCCUCCCAGUGGUGGUCCUCCGUGGUGGUGUUCAGGGAGCAGGUCUUGGCCGUGGACGCCCUCCACCACGAGCCAGGCCCUUCGCAGCCCGGGGACAGUGCCUUCAGGUUAGUCUCUCCAGAGUGUGUACGCGAGAUCUUGCAAGACAAAGAACUGAGUAAGGAACAGCUAGUGACAUUUCUUGAGAACUUAUUAAAAACUUCUGGGAAGCUACGAGAGACCCUUCUUCACGGCGCCUUGAAGCACUAUGUUAAUGGCCUGGAUCUGGUAAACAAAAGGCUACCCUAUGGUCUUGCUCAGAUUGGAGUGUGUUUCCAUCCUGUUUUGGACACUAAGCAGAUACCUAGGAGUGUUAAAAGAAUUGGUGAAAAGACUGAAGCUUCAUUGGUGUGGUUUACUCCUGCAAGGAAUUCAAGCCAGUGGUUUGAUUUCUGGUUGCGUCAUAGGCUUCUGUGGUGGAGAAAGUUUGCUAUGAGUCCAUCUAACUUCAGCAGCACUGACUGUCAGGAUGAAGCAGGGCGAAAGGGAAGCAAACUUUACUACUCCUUUCCCUGGGGAAAGGAGCCAAUCGAGACUCUGUGGAACCUAGGAGAUCAAGAACUCUUACACAUGUAUCCCGGGAAUGCGUCUGCAUUACAGGGCCGAGAUGGGCGGAAAACCGUGGUUCCUUGUGUUCUGUCCAUAAAUGGGGACCUAGACCUGGGCACUUUGGCUUACAUCUACGAUUCCUUCCAGCUCUCAGAGAACUCCUUUGCAAGGAAGAAGAGCUGUCAGCGAAAGGUGCUUAAACUCCACCCUUGUUUAGCCCCUAUUAAGGUCGCUUUGGAUGUGGGGAAAGGCCCAACAGCAGAACUGAGACAGGUGUGUCAAGGGCUACUUAAUGAAUUUCUGGAGAAUGGGAUUUCCGUGUGGCCUGGUUAUUUGGAGACUGUGCAGUCUUCUUUAGAACAACUCUAUUCAAAGUACGACGAAAUGAGCAUCCUCUUCACAGUCGUGAUUUCCGAGACCACUUUGGAAAGUGGAUUGAUCCAGCUGAGAAGCAGAGACACCACGAUGAAGGAGAUGAUGCACAUAUCCAAACUGAAAGACUUUCUAGUCAAGUAUCUAGCAUCUGCGAAAAAAGUGUAGGUCUUCAUAGUUCUGUAAUAAAUAUUCUGUAUUGAUUUAUUAGCUUACAUUAAUAUAGGUUUGGCCCUUUUGCAUUUAUAAAGUGCAUAUAAGUGCA